AUCCCUACUCUCUCUCCUUGAAGUUUCAUCACAGUUCUUCCAACUCCCCAUUUUCCCUUUGACCACUCUCCAGUCUCCUCUUCUUUCUCUCCUAAGUGAGCAACUCGAACUCCGUUCCCUCAAAAACAACUCAUUUUCUCUCUCUUCAAGAAAAAAAUUUACCCACAUUAUCACCAAAUCGAGGUCACAACGAAUCAAAAUAUAAAAUACUGUUCCAAAGUUUUCAUACUACCCAGUAAGUAGUAUUGUAGUAAGUACUACUACUAAUAUCAGCAGUUAAACAAACACCAACACUUUCUCUCUCCUACUAAAAUUAAAUGGGUGUUAAAAAAAGAUCCCAGAUCUCAUUAAUGGCACCUUAACUAAUAUCAAACGGUCACAUUUCAUCAACAAAAAAAAGUUUGAGUUUAUUUCCUUCUUUCUUUUAAUUUGUGAAGAAGAGCAACAAUGGCGCAAACUAACGAAGUAAAAGCAAUGCCAGAGGCUGAGAAGAAGAAAGAGGAGCAAACGUUGCCGUUUUAUCAGUUGUUUUCAUUUGCUGAUAAAUAUGAUUACUUUUUGAUGAGCUUGGGUAGUUUAGGUGCUGUUAUUCAUGGCUCUUCUAUGCCUGUUUUUUUCCUUCUCUUUGGUGAAAUGGUCAAUGGCUUUGGCAAAAAUCAGUCUGAUCUUCAAACCAUGACUCAUGAAGUUUCCAAGUAUGCAUUGUAUUUUGUCUAUCUUGGGCUUAUUGUAUGCGUCUCGUCCUACGCAGAAAUUGCUUGUUGGAUGUACUCUGGUGAAAGGCAAGCAGGAGCAUUGAGAGAGAAAUAUUUGGAGGCAGUUUUAAGACAAGAUGUGGGGUUCUUUGACACUGAUGCUAGAACUGGUGAUAUUGUCUUCAGUGUUUCUACUGAUACUCUACUUGUUCAAGAUGCCAUUAGUGAGAAGGUGGGAAAUUUCAUACAUUAUCUAUCGACUUUUUUGGCUGGAUUGGUGGUGGGAUUUGUAUCAGCAUGGAGGCUGGCGUUGCUUAGUGUGGCAGUUAUCCCCGGAAUUGCCUUCGCUGGAGGUCUUUAUGCUUAUACUCUCACUGGAUUAACAUCGAAGAGUCGUCAAUCAUAUGCCAAUGCUGGUAUUAUUGCUGAACAGGCAAUUGCACAAGUACGAACAGUGUAUUCAUAUGUUGGGGAGACCAAGGCGCUAAAUUCGUAUUCCGAUGCCAUUCAAAAUACUCUUAAACUUGGUUACAAGGCUGGUAUGGCAAAGGGUUUGGGUCUCGGGUGUACGUAUGGCAUUGCUUGCAUGUCAUGGGCCCUUGUUUUCUGGUAUGCCGGUGUAUUCAUUAGGAAUGGGCAGAGUGAUGGAGGAAAGGCGUUCACCGCCAUUUUCUCUGCCAUCGUUGGUGGCAUGAGCUUAGGUCAGUCAUUCUCAAACCUUGGUGCCUUUAGCAAAGGCAAAGCAGCUGGAUACAAGUUGAUGGAGAUAAUCAAACAAAAGCCAACCAUAGUCCAAGAUCUAUGUGAUGGGAAGUGCUUGGAAGAAAUUAGUGGCAAUAUAGAGUUCAAGAAUGUAUCAUUCAGCUAUCCUUCUCGUCCUGAUGUUAUGAUCUUUCGAGAUUUUUCAAUAUUCUUUCCUGCUGGAAAGACGGUUGCAGUGGUUGGUGGUAGUGGUUCGGGAAAGAGCACUGUUGUAUCCCUGAUAGAGAGAUUCUAUGAUCCUAAUGAUGGUCAGGUUUUGCUGGACAACAAUGACAUAAGAACACUGCAAUUGACAUGGUUGCGUGGUCAGAUUGGUCUGGUGAACCAAGAGCCAGCUCUUUUUGCCACCACCAUUCUUGAGAACAUUCUCUACGGAAAAUCUGAUGCUACAAUGGCUGAGGUUGAAGCUGCUGCCUCUUCUGCUAAUGCUCAUAGCUUCAUUGCUUUGCUUCCAAAUGGAUACAAUACUCAUGUGGGUGAAAGGGGAGUUCAGCUUUCAGGUGGUCAGAAACAGAGAAUAGCUAUUGCUAGAGCAAUGUUAAAGAACCCAAAAAUUCUCCUCCUAGACGAAGCCACAAGUGCCCUUGAUGCUAGCUCUGAGAGUAUCGUCCAAGAAGCACUUGACAGGUUGAUGGUGGGAAGAACAACUGUGGUUGUGGCUCACCGUCUUUCCACGAUCAGAAAUGUUGACACAAUCGCUGUAAUUCAGCAAGGACAAGUUGUAGAGACAGGAACUCAUGAGGAACUAAUAACUAAAGCUGGCGCUUAUGCAUCGUUAAUCCGGUUUCAAGAAAUGGUUGGAAAUAGGGACUUCUCAAACCCUUCCACACGCCGUAAUCGUUCAUCCCGAUUAAGCCAUUCCCUGUCCACGAAAUCCCUGAGCCUUCGUUCAGGAAGUUUGAGGAACUUGAGCUACUCAUACAGCACGGGUCUUGAUGGCCGAAUUGAGAUGGUCUCUAGUGCUGAGUCAGAGAGGAAGAACCCUGCACCACGAGGCUAUUUCUUUCGGCUUCUCAAACUUAAUGCCCCUGAAUGGCCUUACUCAAUAAUGGGUGCUGUAGGUUCAAUACUUUCUGGUUUCAUUGGUCCAACUUUCGCUAUCGUGAUGAGCAACAUGAUUGAGGUUUUCUACUAUCAGAAUUAUGCUUCUAUGGAAAAGAAGACUAAGGAAUAUGUCUUUAUUUACAUUGGGGCAGGAAUUUACGCGGUGGUUGCAUACUUAAUUCAGCAUUAUUUCUUUAGCAUCAUGGGUGAAAAUCUCACCACCAGAGUUAGAAGGAUGAUGCUUGCAGCAAUCAUGAGGAAUGAAGUCGGAUGGUUCGAUGAGGAGGAGCACAACUCUAGCCUCCUAGCAGCUCGGUUAGCAACUGAUGCAGCCGAUGUGAAAUCUGCAAUCGCAGAGAGGAUCUCCGUUAUAUUGCAAAACAUGACCUCUCUUCUCACCUCGUUCAUUGUUGCUUUCAUUGUGGAAUGGAGAGUAUCACUUCUCAUACUAGGAACAUUCCCACUUCUAGUCCUUGCAAACUUUGCUCAGCAACUAUCACUGAAAGGAUUUGCAGGAGACACGGCCAAGGCACAUGCAAAAACGAGCAUGAUUGCAGGCGAAGGUGUGAGCAACAUUAGAACAGUUGCAGCAUUCAAUGCUCAGGAGAAGAUCCUCUCCCUCUUCUGCCACGAGCUUCGGGUCCCACAAAAACGUAGCUUCCGUCGUAGUCAAACUUCAGGAAGUCUCUUUGGCCUUUCUCAGCUCGCUUUGUAUGGUUCGGAAGCUCUCAUUCUCUGGUAUGGUGCUCAUCUUGUGAGCAAAGGGCUUUCCACUUUCUCCAAAGUCAUCAAGGUUUUUGUAGUCCUAGUCAUCACAGCCAAUUCAGUUGCUGAGACUGUGAGCCUUGCUCCUGAGAUUAUAAGGGGUGGAGAGGCUGUGGGAUCUGUUUUCUCAAUCUUAGACCGGUGCACAAGGAUUGACCCUGAUGAUUCAGAAGCAGAACCCGUUGAAUCCAUUCGUGGGGACAUUGAAUUUCGUCAUGUUGAUUUUUCAUACCCAACUCGCCCUGAUGUCCUUGUAUUUCAGGAUUUCAACCUUAGAAUUCGAGCAGGCCAAAGCCAAGCCCUCGUUGGAGCGAGUGGGUCAGGUAAAAGUUCCGUCAUUGCAUUGAUUGAGCGAUUCUAUGACCCAAGUGCCGGGAAAGUCAUGAUUGAUGGCAAGGACAUUCGGAGAUUGAACCUCAAAUCUCUAAGGCUUAAGAUUGGGUUGGUACAACAAGAACCCGCCCUUUUUGCUUCUAGCAUCUUCGAUAAUAUUGUGUAUGGAAAAGAAGGGGCAACAGAGGCCGAAGUGAUAGAAGCUGCUCGUGCAGCCAACGUGCAUGGAUUUGUCAGUGCAUUGCCUGAGGGCUAUAAAACAACUGUUGGUGAGCGAGGUGUUCAGCUCUCUGGAGGUCAAAAGCAGAGGAUCGCUAUUGCUAGGGCUGUACUUAAGGACCCUGCCAUCCUUCUGUUGGACGAAGCUACAAGUGCCUUAGACGCAGAGUCAGAGUGUGUGCUUCAAGAGGCUUUAGAGAGGUUAAUGAGGGGACGCACAACUGUGCUUGUUGCACACCGUUUAUCCACGAUAAGAGGAGUAAGUAGUAUAGGAGUGGUCCAAGAUGGGCGCAUUGUAGAACAAGGCAGCCACUCUGAAUUAAUUAGUAGGCCCGAGGGGGCUUACUCUCGACUUUCCCAACUUCAACUCCACCAUGUGUGAGCGAGCAAGUGUGUUUUUUUUAAAUUAAUUAUAGCCAUAGGAUGGCAUCGGCGAUGGUGAGAUUGGUAAUGUUUUCUGGGACAUCAACAACCGUCGAUUUUAGCUAAUUCUUUUCUAAUGAUGGUGGUAGGUGGAUGAAGAUGGUGAUUGCUGUAGAUAUGGGCAUAGUAAGGCUGUUUCUAGAUAUUUUUUUAUUUGCCAAAAGUUUGAUUUCUGUAUGGGGUAAGAUAUGAUUGUAUUAUGAAUGAAGAAUUUUCAGGAAAAAAGAAAGACUGUUUGCAUGUGAGCUGGGUUUGGUUAGAGUUUUGUUGUAGGCUUUUCACUUCCUUACUGGAAGUUCUUACCUGGAAAAAAAAAAUCUGCAGAAGACCUUUCCAGCAUAACUAAAGGCUCCAUCUUUUCUAUAUAAAUGUUUGGUAACAUGGAAGGCCUAGUUUGAGAUCUUGAUUUACUUUUUCUCUGACCAA